UACAGUGAGCCCGGGCGGGGCCGGUAUAUUGGAAGAUUGGCUGUACAUAUGCCAUGUUCUCUGUCCACGCCUUGUGAUAUUCCUGAUCCUUCGGGUUGACAGUCAUGUUCGUGGAAGCUAAGUCAACACAGUGCCUCUUUUAUCCAUUGUGACGCUGCAACUGAUAGCGAGAAUUGGUUAAGUUCUCCUGAUUCUUGGGAACAACUCAUAGAUUGGUUGAUAGGUCGGUAGAUUUAGCUAGCCUGUUAACGAAUGAAAACACAUUGAUGUACCUUGCUUUCUAACUUGACAGCGUGGGGUAUACAACUUGAUUUGAAGACUGCUUGGUAUCCGUUUGCCUGUAAUAUAUGUUAUAUUUGAUAGAUAGCAAGCUGGCUGGUUACAUUGAUUGAAUCAAUUGUACAGUAAAUGUUACAGCUCUCUGGCCGAUGACAUCGGGGUUUUGUUAUUGGAGAUUUAGCUAGCUAGUCGAUUCUCAGUUUAACAAUGUCAGAUUCUGGACCAGCACCUGGUUCGGUGGUAGCGGACCCGCAACAUUCACGGAAACUACUCCGGGCUCUUCGCACGUUCUGGCAAGAACAAUGCUUUCAAGACGCCGUUCUGGUCAUCGACGGCGAAGAGAUCCCCGUUCAGAAAAACAUACUGGCAGCGGCUAGCCCGUACAUAAGAACAAAGCUGAACUACAACCCACCAAAAGAGGAUGGUUCUGUCUAUACCAUUGAACUGCAGGGAGUUUCUAUGCCCACAAUGAAACAGAUCCUGGAUUAUAUCUUCAGUGGAGAGAUCACGCUGAGCGAGGACACCAUCCAGGACGUGGUGCAGGCCGCAGACCUGCUCCUCCUGACCGACCUGAAGUCGCUGUGCUGCCAGUUCCUGGAGAGCUGCAUCACGGCGGAGAACUGCAUCGGGAUCCGUCUCUUCGCCCUGCACUACUGCCUGCACCACGUCCACCAUGCCGCCACCGACUUCCUGCAGACGCACUUCCGCGACGUGGCCACCACCGAGGAGUUCCGCGAGCUGCCCUCGGACCGGCUGUGCGACCUCCUGGCCAUGGAGAAGCUCAACGUGGGCAACGAGAAGCACGUGCUGGAGGCUGUGGUGCGCUGGCUCCAGCAGGACCCUGUGGGGAGGCGGGUCCACAUGAAGGAAGUGAUGUCAGCGGUGUGGGUACAGGGACUGGACGCCGGGUACUUGAGAGAGCAGAUGCUAGGAGACCCGCUGAUGAGGGAGGUUAUCCGGGACUAUUGCCACGUCCCUCUUGGUGGGGCAGCACAGCAGGGAGAGGCCCUAUUGGCCUCCUUCAAACCCCGGGGCUACUCUGAGUGCAUCAUCACUGUAGGGGGCGAGGACAGGACCACCCGCAAGCCGUCCGCAGUGACGCGCUGCAUGUGCCCGCUGUACGACCCCAACCGGCAGCUGUGGAUCGACCUGGCGCCCAUGAGCGUGGGCCGGACGGGACACGGAGUCGUGGCUGCGGAGGGCUACCUCUUUGUGGUUGGCGGGAUGGAUGAAAACAAGACCCUUCUCAGCAGCGGGGAGAGAUAUGACCCAGACACCAACACCUGGAGUCCCAUCCCCCCUAUGAGCCAGGCGCGGCAGAAUUUUGGUAUCGCGGAGCUGGACGGAUUGAUUCACGUGCUGGGUGGAGAAGAUGGAGACACUGAACUGCUCACCAUCGAGGUGUAUGACCCCCACUUCAAGACCUGGAGCACCCAAGGGAGCAUGACUAUGGUUCGCAAGAUUGGUUGUUAUGCCACAAUGAACAAGAAGAUCUAUGCCAUGGGUGGUGGCUCCUAUGGGAAGCUGUACGACUCAGUGGAAUGUUAUGAUCCCAAGACACAGCAGUGGACAGCACUCUGCCCCCUGAAGGAAAGGAGGUUCGGGGCUGUGGCGUGUGGCGUGGGUCAGGAGUUGUACGUUUUCGGAGGCGUCCGAAGCCGUGAUUCGGAAAACCCGGAGGCCAGUCAGAUGACCACCUGCAAAUCGGAAUUCUACCAUGAUGAACUGAAAAGGUGGAUGCUUCUGGAUGACCAAAACCUCUGUGUCACAACAAGCUCCUCCUUUGUGUAUGGGGCGGUUGCCAUUGGUGCCAGCAUCUAUGUGGUAGGAGACCUGGACACUGGCACCAGCUAUGAUUACGUGCGGGAGUUUCGGCGGAGCUCUGGAACCUGGCACCGCACCAGGCCUAUGCUCCCCUCUGACCUCUGCCGGACUGCCUGCGCGGCUCUGCGCAUCGCCAACUGCCGGCUGUUCCGGCUGCAGCUGCAGCAGGGCCUGUUUCGAAUCCGUGUCCAGUCCACGUAGAGGAGCCGACCCCCUGCCUGACCGUGCCCCACCCCGCCCUGUCCAGCCUGCAAGCCCCCACCCCCUCCCCCACACAUGGAAACUGCGCCUGUUACAGAUGGUCUUGCACACUGUUGUGCAAAUAACUACAUUGGGACAUGAGGAAGUGAAUGCAGCUGGGCCCAGAGCCUGGACCCGCCUGGUUUGAAUGGAUUUCAUUUCAUAUUGUACAAUCAUCUGGCCCUUUUGAGGGUGUGUCCAGACACGUUUAUCUUACUGCUUCCCCUGCUGGUGGUUUGGGGCCAUUACAUAGGCACAGACAUUUUGUUUUAGCAGCUGGUCUCUGAUGCCUUUCUUAGAAAUAUUGCUAAUUUAGUUUUAUAUUAUUUCUGUAUCCAUACUCCUUGUGUGCUCUCUGUAUUUAAGACUCCUGUGAAGGAGUAUAAUUGGUGGGAGUAAGAAAAUGUAGCUUUAUUGUGGGGCGGGUGUGGUGAUUUAAAAUAAUACAGAAGACUGUUUUUUUAGGUUAUGCAAAGUCAAGCUAAAUAUUGUGCCUGUUCCUUUAAGAGUUCAAAGGUCGCUAUGAGGCUGAGGGUUGCUGAGUGUGAGGGAGUGAAGAAUUGUACAUAAUGUUUGCUCUUCUCAAACGGUAUACACACUUUUUCACUAGGGCUGCACUAUGUGCAUACAUGAAUAGCCAGUCAAUGUAAUUUAACAUCAGUUUAAAUAAAUACCAUUCAUCGCAUUUCCAGCAGUCUUUUGCGAUGUGUUUAUCUCACGUUCAUAUCUUGAUGAUACUAAAUAUAUAUAUAUCGUGAAGCCCUAUUCCUCACUCGCUCACAAACUCCGCACAGUGCAUACGUGUCCACAGACCCAACACAUAGUAUACCUAUCCUUCACUGUAUAUGUGCACCAUCACAUAAUACUGUACACAAACACAGCAUGCACAAAUUACAGAACACCAUAACUCGAUUACAGUUCACACAGAUACACACACACAGUUUAGUGUAUACACAUUACAGUACAGAUACCACAUGGAUUACUGUAUACACGCAUCACACCUUGAAGCACGUAUUUGAUCACAGCAAUUGUGGGAAAGCACCGCUUCACAAAGCACUUACCCAUGGUGCAACCUGUGGAUUGAGUUGCUUCAAUAAUGAUGAACUAAUUUCAACCAAUCAGAUCUUUUCUCCGACCAGGAGCCAAUGUCUCCAGCUGGUACAGUUAUCCAUUAAUGAGGUGCUCUCUUAAAUGGGCGGCGCAGAGCUCCAAGCUUUAUCCGGCCCCUCGCGCCCAUCACUGUGUGAUCACACAGGACAGCGAGUAGUACAGCAGCACAGACAUUGGAACGAUUCAAAGGAUUGUUUGUGUGUUUCAGUGAGUAUGUGUGGCUGUGUCUGUUUGUGAGUGUUAGUGUGUGAGUGUGUUUGUGAGUGUGUGAGUGAUGAUGUGUGUGCGUGUGUGUGGUGUGUGUGCGCGCAUGUGUGCGCGGCUACAUCCCCUCAGCUUAGUGCUGUAGGGGAACAGGUGGAUGGAAAGCUGCAGGUGUAGCUCUGGGAGCUGGGUGAGAUGUUAUCCUCGAAAAAAAUAUCUUUAGCUGUACCUCUGUAUUAAGGGAGGGUGGAGUGAAUUAAACCGUUAUAUCUUUGCCUGAUUGUUUGAACACAGAAGUGAUUUAAAAGUGACCUGUUUUCAGUUUCUGUCCCAUGGUAACUAUGCACUGAUGUCACACUCAGGAUUGUUGCAAUGGAAUAAACGGAAUUAUACUUCUCACACAA